UAGGCGACCCAAACGGUUGUACUCUCCUUAGGAUGGUCGUUGGGCCUUCUAAAACAUUCAUACGGCCCAGUGGGCCGUCAAGUACUGUCGGGAGGCCCAGGUAGUCCCUUUCUUUAUGUCUCUGCAACCAACGGUUGAUUUUGGAAUGUCGAUCGCAUGCCGCCCCCCCCACACCGUCCCACCCAUAACAAAAACAGUUCGUUCUCCUUAAACUUGGAUCCCUUAGUCACGAGCAUUGUCAAUUUGUCCUUCUUAACCAUUUGUUUCAAGGUAUCGUCAAACAGGGUUGCUUUCCUCGGUUCUUUAAUGGCUUUGCAAGACUGUAUUAUCUCCACAGGGCCGUACUCAUCCGACCCGGAGGAUAUUGAUCAUGAGGUCUCUUUACUUGGUGCUAUUAUAGCUGAUGUGGUUUUGGAUGUCGGUGAAAUCAUAGAUUCUCUAGCUAGAUCUUGGAAGGACAUUGGUGUUCUUGACAUAGCUCAUAUCCAUCAAAAUGUGUUCUCCAUCAAGGUCUCGGCUGAUGAAGCCAAGACAUUAUUGGAGGAAGGUCCUUGGCAUGUUGAAAACAUGCGGUUUAGUGUUGUGGAGUGGCUACCGAACCUGGCCGUCGGGGAUGAGCACCUUCACAAGGUCUGGUACUGGGUGCAGAUCUCUGGUUUGACAUACGAGAGGAUGAACCGUACGGAAGCAGAGAGGAUUGGAUGUGAAAUUGGCACGGUUCUAGAUUUAGAAAAAUCUGAGAUAGACGUCUACCGUAGAGGGUUUCUCCGGGUUAAGGUCCUUCUUGAUUCUCGAAACCCUCUGCCCAUUGGUUUUUAGCUACCGCUCGGUGAGUACACCUCCACCCGAGUUGAGUACGGGUAUGAAGGUCUGGGUGAUUUUUGUUGUAGGUGUGGUAGACUAGGUCAUGUGAAGGAAGAAUGCCCGCUUCUUAUUGCCUAACCUGGUUGAAAAGGAUGAUGACAAAGCGCGCUGGUAUAACUACUAUGGCCCUUGGAUGCAGAAAAAGUCUUUCGUAGAGGAAAUAGUCUCCUGGCGGGAAGAAUAUAAACUGGCCCCUCCUCAGACGUGUCUUCACCCUUACGGCGGGCAGAUCCAGCAUAGUCCGGAGACAGCUAAUGACACUCCGAGGUGCAAACCAUGUCCGUAGACAGCAGAUGACAGUCCGAGGUGCCCAUUGUGUGGAGGGAACACGAGAGUGCGGAUUCAUUUUAUGCAUGACACCCGUGAAGAUAGGCCUUAUUGGGAGUGUUGUCAAACAAAUUGCAGAUCACCUGAUUGCGGGGGUUACCAGUGGGUGGAUGAGAUGCAGCAGGGAGAGACGAGUGACACACCGGAAGAAAAUGCUGCUAAUUAUACAAAGCGCAAACGAAGAUGCUAGAUAUGCAAUAAGGAAAUGGAUUCCUAUGUAUCCCACACUAAGGAGAAUUUUGGCAGAACUUAUUGGUUCUGCUCCGGGUUCAUUGGUUACAGGGUACACAGACACUCCUUUUUCUGGAAGGGUGAGUGCCCAACGACCUUUUUCCAUAUGGGCAGACUUUUGUUUUCACCAUGACUUCAGUUUUCGGUCUCGGAAUUGCGUUGUGGGUUGUGUGUCCGAUCACCGGUAGUUAGGUGUGUUUGCGCCUCAUGUAUUGUGGUCUUUCUUUUGGGUGGCUUGUACUAACUAGACGAUACUAGACCGUAAUGUGGUCACUUACAGUAUGUUUUGGUCCUGGCCACCGUAAAAGGCCCAUGUAUUUGGAAUCAAUAUUGUUCUGUUGUU